AUGAACGCUGAUCAAAUGAAAGUUUUUAAAAAAAUUAAAAAUAACGUAUUAUCUGAUAAUACUAAAUUGAGAUUGUAUGUUAGCGGAGAAGGUGGUACAGGAAAAAGUUUUCUAAUCAAUGUAAUUAAACGUUGGAUUAGAGAAGAAUUGAAUCUAGAAACGGUUGUAACAGCCCAUACUGGUAUUGCUGCUUUCAAUAUCAAUGGAUUGACUAUACAUCGAGUAUUUCAAUUGCAUGUCGAACACGGCUUCACACCAUCUUAUACGCAAUUAUCUGACAAUGUGCUAAAAGCAUUACGUGAUCAGCUACAAAACACAACGCUAUUUAUCAUUGAUGAGAUAUCAAUGGUAUCAAAUAUUACUCUGAUAUAUAUACAUUUAAGACUCGUAGAAAUUUUUGAUAUCGAUGAUUGGUUCGGAGGUAAACAUGUUGUUGUUUUUGGAGAUUUACUCCAACUCCCUCCUGUACAUGAAAAUCCAACUUAUGUCACAUUAUCAUCUGAAGAUGCUGAGAAGUAUGUUGGGUCAUUGUGUAGUGUUAAGUUAUGGACCGACUUAUUCUGUUAUGAAGAACUAAGAAUUAAUAUGAGACAAAAAACUGAUAAUAUUUAUGGUCAGCUGCUCUCUCGAGUACGAGUUGCUUCUAUGACUAAUGAUGACAUCAAAUUAUUAGAGCAGAGAAAAAUUAUUAUUGAUCCGUCUCUUUCGUAUAAUGAAAAAUUACAUGAAAUAUGUAAUUAUAUUGAGAAAUUGCCGUCAGAUACAGUCUGUUUGGUACCUACCUGUAAGCAAUGUGAUUUAAUAAAUUCAGUAAUGACGAGUAAAAUUUCUUCUGAAGAAAUUAUACUAACGGCUCGUGACCACUUAGAUUGCAAUAAAUCGUUGAUCAAAAAAGUAUCUGACACUUUAAAUAAAAUAGAAGAUAAUGCUAGUCAAUCAGCUGGACUUGCUAAAACUAUAAUAAUAAAAAUUGGUGCGAAAGUUAUGUUACGUCGAAAUAUUGAUGUUACUCUUGGUCUAGUAAAUGGUGCUAUAGGAACAGUUAAAUCAGUCUCCAAGUCGAUUGAUGGGAGUGAAAUACAAGCUAUCAAUAUAGACUUUGGUGCAGAUACCGAAUACGCUAUUGAGAAGAUUAAAGUCAAAUUUCAAUUAUUUAAAAGAGCUUUUGUUGUAAGAGAACAAUUCCCAUUAUGCUUGAGUUAUGCAGUGACUAUUCAUAAGAGUUAA